GAAGGUUCCAAAGAUUCCAUCCUCCCCCUCAAAUUGAAAAGCAAGAAAAUGCUGUACCGGUCGUUUUGAAACUCUCUCUCAGUCUCUCUCUCCUCAGUUUAAAAUUUUAGAGCGUUUCGUUUUUCUUAAGUUUCUUCCGAGCUGGAAUUACAGUUCAAAUCUUGGAUUUUUUUGGCAAGCGUGAGCUAAGCUUACCAGGGAAGAUUGAAAGUGAAAGCAAAGGAAAUUUCCUGAUUUUAUAAUUUCGAACAGAAGAUGGAGAAUGCAUUUCUGAACAUAUAGCUGCCAAGGAAAGUCAGAUUGAAAAUUUAAAGAGGAUGACAAAGAAAAAGCACGAUUUCCGUGAAUCAUUAAAAUCCUUCAUUGGAACUCACAUUGAUCCGGAGAAAGAUGAACAGCUAAAAGAAACUAAAACAGAAAUUGAUGACAAGGUAAAAAGGAUCUUGAAGCUUAUCAAAGAGGAAGAUCUUGAAGAACGAGAUGGCCUCUCAGUAGAAAACUCCAAAAAAGAGCCUCUUCUUGAGCUAAUUGAGGAUGUCCAGAAACAGUACCAUUUGCUCUAUGGACAAUAUGAUCAUCUGAAGGGAGAGCUGAGAGAGAAAGUUAAUGGCAAACAUGGAAAAGAUACCUCAUCUUCAUCUAGCUCAGACUCAGAAUCUGAUGAUUCUUCUAAGCACAAAGGCAGUAAAAAUGGUCGUUUUGAAAGUGAAAAGAUAACAGAUGGCAUAAAGCAAGAACUUGAAGCAGCAAAUCUAGACGUUGCUGAACUGAGGAGUAAGUUGAGAGCUACAAGUGAGGAAAGGGAUGCUUUAAAGUGGGAACAUCAAACAGCUUUGAACAAGAUACAAGAAGCAGAAGAAAUCAUCAGAAAUUUGAGGCUUGAAGCUGAACGAUCAGAUGCUGGCAAAGCACAACUUUUGAUUGAGAAUGGAGAACUGAAGCAAAAACUAGAUUCUGCUGGCGUGAUAAAAGCAGAACUAAAUCAAAGACUGGAGGAACUGAACAAAGAGAAAGAUAGCCUGAUUUUGGAGAAAGAGGCUGCCAUGAGAAGCAUUGAAGAGAGUGAGAAGAUCAGAGAAGCUUUAAAGUUAGAAUAUGAGACAGCUUUGAUCAAGAUUCAAGAAGAAGAGGAGGUCAUCAGAAAUUUGAAGCUUAAAGCUGAAAGUUCAAACACUGAUAAAGCACGACUUUUGGCUGAGAGUGGGGGACUGAAGCAAAAACUAGAUGCUGCUGGCGUGAUAGAAGCAGAACUGAAUCAAAGACUGGGGGAACUGAAAAAAGAGAAAGAUAGCCUGAAUUUGGAGAGAGAGGCUGCCAUGAGAAGCAUUGAAGAGAGUGAGAAGAUCAGAGAAGCUUUGAAGUUGGAAUAUGAGACAGCUUUGAUCAAGAUUCAAGAAGAAGAGGAGGUCAUCAGAAAUUUGAAGAUUGAAGCUGAAAGUUCAGACACUGAUAAAGCACGGCUUUUGGCUGAGAAUGGGGGACUGAAGCAAAAACUAGAUGCUGCUGGCGUGAUAGAAGCAGAACUGAAUCAAAGACUGGAGGAACUGAACAAAGAGAAAGAUGGCAUGAUUUGGGAGAAAGAGGCUGCCAUGAGAAGCAUUGAAGAGAGUGAGAAGAUCAGAGAAGCUUUGAAGUUGGAAUAUGAGACAGCUUUGAUCAAGAUUCAAGAAGAAGAGGAGGUCAUCGGAAAUUUGAAGCUUAAAGCUGAAAGUUCAGAUACUGAUAAAACCCGACUUUUGGCUGAGAAUGGGGAACUGAAGCAAAAACUAGAUGCUGCUGGCGUGAUAGAAGCAGAACUGAAUCAAAGACUGGAGGAACUGAACAAAGAGAAAGAUAGCCUGAUUUUGGAGAGAGAGGCUGCCAUGAGAAGCAUUGAAGAGAGUGAGAAGAUCAGAGAAGCUUUGAAGUUGGAAUAUGAGACAGCUUUGAUCAAGAUUCAAGAAGAAGAGGAGGUCAUCAGAAAUUUGAAGAUUGAAGCUGAAAGUUCAGACACUGAUAAAGCACGGCUUUUGGCUGAGAAUGGGGGACUGAAGCAAAAACUAGAUGCUGCUGGCGUGAUAGAAGCAGAACUGAAUCAAAGACUGGAGGAACUGAACAAAGAGAAAGAUGGCAUGAUUUUGGAGAAAGAGGCUGCCAUGAGAAGCAUUGAAGAGAGUGAGAAGAUCAGAGAAGCUUUGAAGUUGGAAUAUGAGACAGCUUUGAUCAAGAUUCAAGAAGAAGAGGAGGUCAUCAGAAAUUUGAAGAUUGAAGCUGAAAGCUCAGACACUGAUAAAGCACGGCUUUUGGCUGAGAAUGGGGGACUGAAGCAAAAACUAGAUGCUGCUGGCUUGAUAGAAGCAGAACUGAAUCAAAGACUGGAGGAACUGAACAAAGAGAAAGAUGGCCUGAUUUUGGAGAGAGAGGCUGCCAUGAGAAGCAUUGAAGAGAGUGAGAAGAUCAGAGAAGCUUUGAAGUUGGAAUAUGAGACAGCUUUGAUCAAGAUUCAAGAAGAAGAGGAGGUCAUCAGAAAUUUGAAGAUUGAAGCUGAAAGCUCAGACACUGAUAAAGCAUGGCUUUUGGCUGAGAGUGGGGGACUGAAGCAAAAACUAGAUGCUGCUGGCGUGAUAGAAGCAGAACUGAAUCAAAGACUGGAGGAACUGAACAAAGAGAAAGAUGGCCUGAUUUUGGAGACAGAGGCUGCCAUGAGAAGCAUUGAAGAGAGUGAGAAGAUCAGAGAAGCUUUGAAGUUGGAAUAUGAGACAGCUUUGAUCAAGAUUCAAGAAGAAGAGGAGGUCAUCAGAAAUUUGAAGCUCGAAGCUGAAAGCUCAGACACUGAUAAAGCCCGACUUUUGGCUGAGAGUGGGGGACUGAAGCAAAAACUAGAUGCUGCUGGCUUGAUAGAAGCAGAACUGAAUCAAAGACUGGAGGAACUGAACAAAGAGAAAAAUAGCCUGAUUUUGGAGACAGAGGCUGCCAUGAGAAGCAUUGAAGAGAGUGAGAAGAUCAGAGAAGCUUUGACGUUGGAAUAUGAGACAGCUUUGAUCAAGAUUCAAGAAGAAGAGGAGGUCAUCAGAAAUUUGAAGCUCGAAGUUGAAAGCUCAGACACUGGUAAAGCACGACUUUUGGCUGAGAAUGGAGAACUGAAGCAAAAACUAGAUUCUGCUGGCGUGAUAGAAGCAGAACUGAAUCAAAGAAUGGAGGAACUGAACAAAGAGAAAGAUGGCAUGAUUUUGGAGAAAGAGGCUGCCAUGAGAAGCAUUGAAGAGAGUGAGAAGAUUGGAGAAGACUUAAGAAUCUUGACUGAUCAGCUGCAAGAAGAAAAAGCUACCACAGGGCAAGAACUAGAAGCUCUUAAAGCAGAACUUUCUAUCAUGAAGCAACAGCUGGAAUCUGCAGAACAUCAAGUUGCAGAAUUUACCCAUAAUCUGAGUGUCACCAAGAGGGAGAAUGAUUCUCUUACCUUGAAAUUAUCUGAAAUCUCAAAUGAGAUGGAGCAGGCACAAAACACAAUUGAUGGACUCGUAGGUGAAUCAGGUCACUUAAAGGAUAAAUUGGGUGACAGGGAAAGGGAGUACUCAUCUCUUGCAGAGAUGCACGAGACACAUGGGAAUGAAUCAUCAACUCGGAUAAAUGGAUUGGAGGUACAAGUAAGAGGUCUGGAGCUGGAGCUGGGAUCAUCGCAAGCCCGGAAUAGAGAUCUUGAGGUGCAGAUUGAAAGCAAGGUGGCUGAAGCAAAGCAACUGGGAGAACAGAAUCAGGGAUUAGAAGCCCGGAUUUUGGAACUUGAAAUGAUGUCGAAAGUGAGAGGGGAUGAACUUUCUGCUCUCAUGAAGAAACUCGAGGAAAAUUAUAAUGAAUCAUUCUCUAGAACAGAGAGUUUGACAGUGCAGGUCGAUACUCUGCUAGCAGACUUCAAAUCUAUUCAUGCCCAGAAAGCAGAAUUGGAGGAACAGAUGGUAAGUAGAGGUAAUGAAGCAUCGACUCGAGUUGAGGGGCUUAUUGAUCAGGUCAACUUGUUACAACAACAACUGGAGUCUCUACGCAGCCAGAAAGUUGAACUUGAAGUGCAACUCGAGAAUAAAACUCUAGAAAUUUCAGAAUAUCGAAUUCUGAUAGAAAAUUUGAAAGAGGAGAUAGUAAGCAAGACUGAAGAUCAACAAAGAGUCCUGGCAGAAAAAGAAAGUUGCUCAGCACAAAUCAAUGAUCUGGAACUAGAGGUGGAGACUCUGUGCAACCAGAAAACUGAUCUUGGGGAGCAAAUAAGUACUGAAACCAAGGAAAGGGAGCGAUUGGGAGAGGAAAUGGUGAGAUUACAAGAAAAGAUCCUUGAAAUGGAAAAAACACAAACAGAGAGAGAGUUUGAGUUAUCUGCCCUCCAGGAGAGACAUACAAAUGGGGAGAUUGAAGCUUCUGCUCAGAUAAUGGCAUUAACGGAACAGGUCAACAAUCUGCAUCAGGAAUUGGAUUCUUUGCAGACUGAGAAAAACCAAAUGCAAUUGCAGCUUGAAAAGGAGAAGGAAGAAUUUUCAGAAAACCUAACCGAAAUGGAAAAUCAGAAAUCUGAGCUCGUGAGCCAGAUUGCAGAGCAUCGGAGAAUGCUGGAUGAACAGGAGGAGGCACACAAAAAGCUAAAUGAGGAGCAUAAGCAAGUUGAAGGCUGGUUUCAGGAGUGCAAGUUGAGUCUUGCAGUAGCAGAAAGGAAAGUUCAAGACAUGGCAGAAGAAUUCCAAAAGCAUUUGGGUUCUAGAGAUCAGAUGGUAGAGCAGUUGGAAGAGAUGAUUGAGGACCUGAAGAGAGAUCUUGAAGUAAAAGGAGAUGAACUUAACACCUUGGUCGAGAAUGUGCGAAAUAUAGAAGUUAAGCUCCGGCUGUCAAACCAGAAGCUCCGUGUCACGGAACAAUUACUAACAGAGAAUGAAGACACCUUUAGAAAAGCGGAAGAGAAGUAUCAACAAGAACAGAGAGUGCUUGAAGAAAGGGUUGCUGUAUUGUCCGGGAUAAUCACCGCAAAUAAUGAAGCUUAUCACAGUAUGGUUGCAGAUAUCUCAGAAAAAGUAAACAAUUCAUUGUUAGGACUGGAUGCUUUGACCAUGAAGUUUGAAGAAGAUUGUAACAGGUAUGAGAACUGUAUUUUGGUAGUUUCAAAGGAGAUUCUGAUUGCGAAGAAUUGGUUUGGGGACACAAAUAAUGAAAACGAAAAACUGAGAAAGGAAGUAGGUAAUUUAGUUGUGCAGCUACAAGAUAUAAAAGAACACGAAUCGGCAUUAAAGGAGAAGGUUGAGCAAUUAGAGGUCAAGGUGAGCAAGGAAGGAGUGGAGAAGGAGAAUUUGACCAAAGCUAUCAACCAACUGGAGAAAAAGGUGGUAGCAUUGGAGACGAUGAUGAAAGAAAAGGAUGAGGGGAUAUUAGACCUCGGAGAGGAGAAGAGGGAAGCAAUAAGGCAGCUAUGCAUAUGGAUUGAAUAUCACCAAAGUCGCUAUGAUUAUCUCAGGGAGAUGCUCUCAAAAAUGCCCAUUAGAGGCCAGAGGGCAUCUUAGGAGCCCUCAAUAGCAUUUCUCAUUACAGUAUAUUCAUUUGGGUUUUUCAUUGUGAUGGGUUGCUUUUCAUUUCUUAAUUUUUUUUUUUAAAUUCAGAAAGUUUUGUUGAUAAGAAUAUCCUAUUGAUGAUUGUUUUUAAAAUAUUUGUUAGUCAGUUACAUUAUACAGAA